AUGGGUUCAGCAGCUCAAGAAAACAGUCGAAAGCUCUCAAGAAGAGAGGAUCCAAUGCAAUUUGUGGAAAGGACGAUCAUGAGGAAAGAUCAAGCAUAUGUGUUGGCGUUUCGAUUGGCACAAAUUCUUGUAUGGUCUUUUGUCACGUAUUCUUUCAUCUCCGAACAUCACGUUUCCACAUUUUUGAUCAUCUUUUUGCUCUUCACAAUGAUUGCUGAGGUCUUUCAAAGAGUCUCAUACAAAGAUGUGAGAAAGAGAGGAAUGUUUGGAGCUCUAAUUACCACUCUUGUCCUCAUCGAUCAACUCUAUCAAAUACUGCCAAUCCCCCAGAAGUUAUCAUCAUUCUUCUUGUUUUGUGUUUGUGUCUUCCAAAUGAUUCGUUGCAUUCGACGAUCGUAUAAAGCUUUGAAAGGACGAUGGAAG